AUGGAAAUUAAAACUCUAUAUCAAGAUAUUAAAACAAUCACAAAGGACCGGGAUAGUUUAAAAAAUACUGAUAUCGACGAUGUUAGAAAAGAUAUAAUGGAAUUGGACAAGAAAAUUGUCGCGUUAAAAGAGUUUUCUCGCGUAGAAAUUGGUUUACUGAAGGUUGCGGAAAAAGAGUUAUUGAUACAGAUAAGUGAAAACUCUGAAGAGAAUAACUUUAAAAAGACUCAAAUAUCAAUGAAAUCAUUUAGUGAGGUAGUGCCAAGUCCCGUACGAGCAUUAAUAAACUCGCCUUUUAAAUCUAUAGAAGUUCAACGAUUCCAAGAAUUUAUGAAAACAAAUAAACGUUACGGUGGAUGGGAUGAGUACAAUCACAAUAUCUUUGUACACAUAUGGAAUAAAUAUUAUGGAGAUAACGUUAUUGAAGAUCAAGACAGGAAGGAUCCAUCUUACCUGAAAUUUAAGGAUGAAACUUGUGUGAAAAUUUUCGGAAUCAAUUCAGAUGAUGUAUAUUCUCAUAUAGAGUGGUACAAUGAAUAUCUAAAGCUUAAAAAAUGCCAGGAAGCCGCUUUAAAUAAAUGGAAGGAAAAUAAACGGAAAAUAAAAUGUCCCCAUAAACUAGAGAGGGGUAAUGUUAAGAAUGAUAUUUCCAAAUUAAUAAAAAGAAAUAGUGCCCCAGCCAUUUUCCGGCAAAGAUCAGCAAAACUACCAGAAAAGGAAGACUCUGGCGACCUGAAUGUAGGUGCGUUUGGUGAAAGCUCAUCGGAUAAAGGAGUGGGUAAACAACGCUCUAUAUCGCAUUUGUAUAAUUCGACAAAACAAUGGACGAGAAGGUGUCAAAAUAACGAAAUAAAUGAGAGUCGUAAUAAUAAUAUCGAUGGAAUUGAAAAACUAAAGAUACCAAGCUGGCGUCUUGAUAUACAGUAUUAACUUAAUAUAACUAAAAAUUAUAGUAUUAACUUAAUGAGGAGCAAAAAUAUAUUAG